UUCCUCAUUUCAAGCUCGUGGCACCACUGGCUGUGCGCACGCGAUGUCCGCUAUACUGAUUCUCUUUGCUGCGUUGUUCCUGUGUGGCGUAUGGCAACUUGUGCGAAACUACUUCGUCCCGUCCGUCCUGGACAACAUCCCGGGACCCAAGUCCGCGUCGUUGAUCUCAGGGAACGCUGCGCAAUUGUUCGAUCGCGACAAUGCGGCGUUCUUGCGCAUGCUGAAGGAUACUUACGGGCCUAUCUCUAAGAUUAACUCCUUCCUCGGUGCCAGAUGGUUGCACGUGUACGACGUCAAGGCGAUGCACACCAUACUCGUGAAGGACCAUGAGCUCUACAGCCGGGGGGAAAGCACCAACACUUCCACCCAUCUUAUACUGGGCCCGGGGCUGCUCGCGACGGAGGACCUGCGCCACAAGCGGCAGCGGAAGAUGCUGAACCCUGUAUUCUCCGCCGCGCACAUGCGGAACAUGACGCCGUUCUUCCACGAGGUCGUCGGCAAGCUGCGGGAGGCCAUCGAGGGGCGCAUCGCGGCGGGCGCGAAGGAGAUUGAUAUCGCGGGGUGGAUGAGCCGCACGGCGCUCGAACUCGUCGGACAGGGCGGGCUUGGACACUCGUUCGACCCCCUGAUCGAGGAGACCAGUGACGAGUACACCGAGGCGGUCAAGGCGCUCGUACCGACUUUCAACACCCUGGGAUUCGCUCAGGUAAUCCUGCCUUUCGUCAAGUUUAUGGGCCCGGCAUGGCUGCGCCGCAAGAUGCUCGAUCUUGUCCCGCUCCAGAGUGUUCAACGCCUGAAGAAUAUCACCGACCUCAUGCACGAGCGGUCGGUGGAGAUCUUUAACGAGCGGAAGAAGGCCACGCUGCGCGGGGAGGAGUCCAUGUUGAACCAGGUCGCGGGAGGCAAGGACGUGAUGAGCGUUUUGCUCAAGGCUAAUCUGGAAGCGGACGACGAGGACAAACUGCCGGAUGAAGAACUCAUCGCACAGAUGUCUACAUUCAUUCUCGCGGGAGUGGACACUACCUCAAACGCUCUCGCCCGUAUCCUUCACCUUCUAGCUUUGAACCCCGACGUCCAGGACAAGCUGCGUGCAGAGCUAGUCGAAGCUCAGGCGCAGUACGGUGAGAGGAUGCCCUACAACGAGCUGUCUCAACUCCCCUGUAUGGACGCCGUAUGCCGCGAGACGAUGCGCAUCUACGCCCCGGUCACCUUCGUCCUCCGAGAGGCCCGCGUGGACACCAAGAUUCCCGUCACGCAACCAAUUCGCGGUGUGGACGGCACCAUGAUCACGGAGGUCGCGGUGCCGAAGGGCACGUCCAUUUUCCUGAACAACCACGCGUGCAACGGCAACAAAGCGCUGUGGGGCGAGGACGCGGAGGAGUGGAAGCCGGAACGCUGGCUCUCGCCGCUUCCGCGCGAGCUCGAGGAGGCUCGCAUUCCUGGAAUUUACGCAAACUUGAUGACCUUUGGGGCUGGUAGCUUCUCUUGCAUCGGAUUCAAGUUCUCGCAGCUAGAGAUGAAGGUCGUCCUUUCCACCUUGGUGCGGUCCUUCAAGUUUGACCUACCGGAGAAGCCGAUCACCUGGAAUUUCAGCGGAGUCAACUUCCCAACGAUGGACGGCCCGGACAAGACGAAGCCAGAGCUAUUCCUGAAGAUCCAACGUGUCGAGGAGUGAGGGGUGCAGAGGAAGGAAUAUCUUCAGGACGUGAAGUAUUCACCUGAUUGGCUGAUCUCUGAGGCUCGUUUUCGUAUCGGAUCGUGCUCUGCACUCUCAUUGUAGUCUUUUCCCUUAGUUUUCGGACACCGUUACCGCCAUACUUGAUUAUCAUUACAGCCAGUCAUCCAUGACGCGGACUGCUCUGACGCUCUCUCACACUCCUUAGUAUAGUCGCAAUACGAUGCCGCGAUAUUAUCCAUCUAGC